UUGUUAAUAAUACAAAACUUGUAAUACAUUAAGGCCGUGAAAGUGAUAAUUAUUUUCAAUCAAAAAUUUGAAUAUUUGCACUGCCGCCACGAGCCGACUGUGAAUGUGAGGACCAGCGCCAAUCGAUAACCGAUAGGCGAUUAGAAGUGAAACAAUAACAAAAUCAGCUGCAAACAAUUUGUGGUGCCACGCAAAAAAACAAGCAACAAAAAGUAUCAAAAUUCGCCUGGAUCUCCACCGCCCUGUCCCCCGGAAGAGAGUGAGUGACCCAGCCAGCAAAGACAACAACAAACGCCCCCCGCCCGGACCUGUCACGCAGCGUGAGACAGAGAGUGGAGAGGAGCAGAGGGUAGUCCGGAGAAGAUGUCGUGGCUGAACAACAGCCUCAGCACGCUCAAGGGCCAGCUGACGAACCUGGCCCAAGAGGUUCUGGCCGAGACUGCUGGGCCCGGUGAUGCCGACUAUCAGGGAUCCGCCGAGGGCAGCGAGAAACGCGCCCAGUCUGCCCUUGAGCUACUGGCCGAGACGCAGCAGCAGAAGGAGCAGCUUGACAGGCGCUGCGAGGAGAAGGACCGCGAGAUUGCCGCCCUGCGCCGCGAAAUAGCCAGGAACAACAAGAAGCAGCCAAAGCUAAGCACAUCCCCCGAGGAAGCACAAUUGCAAAAUGAGGAACAGAAUGUGGAGGACAGCUGGUGCUGGGAGCCCGAUGGAGGGGACCCAGUCAAGGACAAGAAGGAGGCGCAGGCGGGACUCGUGGACAUAGCCCUGGGCGCCAACGAUGUGUCCCGACUGAACAAUCGCAUUGCGGAGCUGGAGCAGCUCAAUGCGCAGCUAAAUGCCUCGCUGGAGGAGCUGGACUCGCAGCACGAGCUGGCCAUGCAGGGCGUCCUCGAGCACAAGACGCAGCUGGCUGGCCAGGUGGCUAAUCUCAAGCAGAUGCAGGCGGACCGCAUGGUGGAGCAUGAGUUGGCCACCGCCCGCCAGCAGAAGCAGCUGGAGGAACUGCAGCGCGGAGCCAAGGCUGCCCAGGAGGGGCAGGAGCAGCUGCAGCAGCGCGUGGAACAGCAGGCGGCGGAGCUGAAGCGUGGCGUGAUGGAGCUGGCCGAGAUGCAGGAGCUGCUGGAGAAGCGUAGCCAGGACAGCACCGAGCUAAUCGAUCGUGUGCGCCUCGCAGAGGCGGAGCGCGAGAAGCUGGUCAAGGAGCUCGAGGAGUGUCGUUUGGCCAAGGAAAAGAAGACAUCGGAGUCCUCGUCGAACAGUUCGUCGACGGGCAAGCACAGCGAGGAUGAGUUCAUAGUGGUGCGGCAGGCGGACGCCGCUUCCGCCUCUGGCUCUGAUCCUGAUCCCGAUCCCGAUCUGGAGGUCACAUCGCCGCCCUCCAAGGAGAAACUACGCGACCGGCUCGUCUCCCUGGAAUCCCAGAUAGCGGUUCUCACCCUGGACAACCAGCAGCUGCAGGACAGCCAGCUGGAGAAGCAGCUGAGCGUCAAUUUGCUGGGUGAUCAGCUCGCCGAGCUGGAGAAGCGGCUGCGCCUAAGCGAGGCGGAGAAGGAGCAGCUCCAGCUGGACCUGCAGCUUCGAUUGCAGCAGCUGACGGUGCAGAACCAGGAGCUCAAGCUCCAUGCCGAGGCCGAGCAGGAGGGUCAUGCCCAGGACCUUGAGGAGCAGCUGGGCGCUUUGCGCGAGGAGAACAGACGCCUGCGUCAGGAGCUGGAUGCCAGCAUAGCUCAGGCCAAGUUCCGCCAGGCCAUUGCCGAGGAGAAGCAGGAGAUCACCGACCUGGACGAGGCCGAUGCCGCCGAGUAUGGCCACUAUGAGCUGGACAAGCUGCGCGCCUUGCUGCAGGCAGAGAUCGAGGAUCGGCUGGGCAGCGCCACGUCCCAGCAGAAGCUGGAGCGUGCCUGGAACUCACUCUCCGAGCGCUGGCAUCGUCUGGACGUCGUGGAGCAGCGUCUGCUGGAGGUGCAGAACCAGCAGCUGGUCUGCGAGCACGAGAAGAAGACCCUCGAGGCGGACAUCUCCCAGUACAUCCUGCAGUGCGAGGAGCUGAUGAAGAACAACGAGCUGCUGCUCAUCGAGCUGGACAAGUUCAAGCGCAACAAGCUAGAGACCAUCGAGGAGCACCACGAGGAGACGAUCAUGCAGCUGGAGGCUCAGCUGGAGGAGGCCCGUCAGCGCCUGGAGGUGGCCCUGGGCUCCCAAAAGGACUUGGAGUCCAAGCUGAAGGCCAAGCGGGAGCAGGACUCUGCCGGAGAGUUCGAUUUGCUGGCCAAAGUGGAGCAGAGGGAAGCAGAGAACGUGCAGCUGGUGCAGCAGCUGUCCAGUGCCAAGAAAGAGCUGGCGGAGAAGGUCACACAGCUCGCCGAGAGCCAGAACCAGAGCCAGGAGCAGGACCAGCUCCAGGCAAAGCUCCAGCAGAGCGAGCGGGAUCAGGAGGGCCUAAGGCAGAAGCUGGCCUCGAUUGCCCAAGAGCUGGAGGAGCGGUCCCAGCAGCUGAGGAUCAGCGAAGAUCGGCACCUGUCCCAGCUGGAGCAACUCUCAGGGGUCAGCCAACGCUUGGAGGAUAAAUCCAACCAGCUGAAGGCCAGCGAGGAGCAGCACAAGGCGCAACUGACCAAGAUGCAAGCCCAGAUGCAGGCGGACCAGGAGCGACUGAGGGAACUCCUACAAGCGCAGGACAAGCUGGAGCAGCAAAAAGAACUCAUGGAGGUUGACCAGAACCAACAGCUGAGCAGCAUCAAGAAGGAGCUGGCCGAAGCGACGCGCCAACUGGACGAGUGCCAAGAGAAGCUAAGCCAGAAGGAAGUCCAGCUGGCGGAGAUGCAACAGGAAAUUCAGGAAAUUAGCGACGAAAAGACAGGCCUCCAGCAGCAGCUGCUUCAGGCGACCAAGGAGCCCGAAUCCCCCGCACUGAGUGCCCAACUUCAAGAGCUUCGUGACCAGCUGCAGGCCAAGGAGCAGGAGCUGCAGCGAACUCAAGCCGAGCUGGCCAAGCAGCAGGAGGUACUGCUGGCCAAGAACGAAGAGCUCCAGCUCAAGGAAGCGCACCUGGUGGCCAAGGAGACGGCAGAGCUGCAAAGCCAGCAGGCCGCCGACCAGAGCCAUCAGCAGCUCCAGCAGGCCAUCGAGGCCCUGGGCCAGGAGAAGAACGAACUGAUCAAGGCCCUGCAACAGAAGCAUCUGGAGAACACGCAAUACUACGCCGAAAUCCAGCGCCUGCAGCCCUGCGAGGCUCAGUUGCAGGACCUGGUCAAGGAGCGCGAGAAGCUGCAGGAUCAGAUCGCUUUCCUCAAGGAAAAAUCCGACAUACUCACCACCAACCUGCUGACGGAGCAGACCAACCAGCGCCUGCUCCAGCAACAGCAGGUCGAGUCGCAGGAGCAGCAGGGCAACGCACAGCGAGACCUGGAGCGCCUGCGUGCGCAUCUCUUGGAGAUCGAGGAGCUGCACACCCAGGAGACGGUGGAGCUGCAGCAAGAGCUGCAGGAAUCACGCGCCCGUCAGGCAGUGCUUGAGCAGGAGGCGUCCAAAUCCAGCACCGCAUACACAUCAGCCAGCAUCCGGGCGAACCAGCAGGCAGAGACAUUGCAGGCCCAGCAUGCCCUGCUCCAGCAGCAACGGGAUGAGCUGCUGACCAAACUGGGCCAGUAUGAGGACCGAGAACUCAAGCAGCAGGCGGCGCUGACCAAUCUGCAGUGCGCCCUGGAGCAAUUCCAAAAUGACAAAGACCACGAUAUUGAGCUGGCCACGCAGCGCAUCCGUCGCGAGAUGCAGUCUCAGCUGGAUCGCCAGGGACAGUUGCAGGCCGAGAUGGGUGCACUGCAGCAGCAGCUGGCGGAUGCCAACCAGGGACUGAGGGCGGCGGCCCGACUCUCCGAUCAGCUGGAGGCUGGCCAGCAAACGAUUGCCGUGCUCCGGGACGAAGUGGAGAGCCUGAAGGAGGCCAACGGUCGGCUGGAGCAGAGCCUCAGCAGCAGCGAGAACAGCCAGACGGAUCGGAUCGACAAGAGCCUGAUCAAGAGCCUGCUUAUUGGGUAUGUGGUCAGUGGACAUGCCGGCGACAAGCAGCAGGUGCUGCGCAUGAUCUCCUCCGUGCUGGAUUUCAAUGCGCAGGAGGCCGACAAGGUGGGGCUCAACAAGCAGCAGAGCAGCUGGCUGGGCGCCAUCCUAGGCGGCAGCGGUUCUCCCCCAGCGGCGGGGGCUACAGGUUCUGGUCGCGGCAAGGAUAACCUGGUGCAGGCCUUUGUGCAGUUCUUAGAACAGGAGUCACAGCCACAAAACCAAGCUGCGUCACGUCCCACAUUGCUUAGCAUGGCUGCUGGCCAGAUGGAGUCAAGCUCUAACGCCGCUGCGCUUCCCCUGCAGACAGCACAAGCACCACACACCGCAGUGGCCGCCAGUCAAGAGGCAGCAGCGGGGAUUCCUGCAACGCCGCCAUUAGGAGGAAGCGGAGGUUCGCCACAGUCGCUGGCAAUGGGCUCCAACGAGUUUGCGCCGUCGCGAAACUCAAGCUCGAUAUUAAAGGACAUCCUCAGCGACUCCUGAUUGUUGUAGAAUUGCCUGAAACCGGACUCCAUCCUCCUCCUUCCGUAUUUCGGUCGUGUUAUUUUGUGUAAUUUUAAUAUAUUUUUUAUCUAUAUAAAUAUAAAUUAACAUCCGUGCAAUCGACGACCGCUCCCCUCCCCCCACGACAUAUAUCUCGCUAUAUAUCUACCUGAUCCUGAUCCCCAACUGUACAAUGUCCAUGUGUAUAUGUUUCGUGCAACGCUAGCAAUCUGUAUAUAUGUAAAAUCAGCAAUCUUCACAGCGGCCUUUGCUAUGUAAUGACUAGCCGCCAAUAAUACUUAUUAAAUAAAACUAGGAA